CCUUCCUGGGUCAACCGCUGCCUGAUCUGCCCUUCCUCUCUCCACAGACAUACUGCCACUACCAUGGAGGGGAUUGUGACUAUGUAUCAGGACUUCAUGAAGAAAGCAGACCCCCGCAUUGCUGAUUAUCCACUGAUGCAGUCCCCGUUCCUUGUGUUGGGCAUCCUUCUGGCAUAUGUCUACUUUGUACUCUCCUUGGGUCCCCGGCUAAUGGCAAACAGGAAGCCUUUAAACCUGAAGAAGUUCAUGGUGCUAUAUAACUUCUUCCUGGUGGGACUCUCACUCUACAUAGUCUAUGAGUUUCUGAUGGCAGGGUGGCUUACUGGGUACACCUGGCGAUGUGACCCUGUGGACUUCUCACAAGACCCCAAGGCCCUCAGGAUGGUCAGUGUUGCUUGGCUGUUUGUCUUUUCCAAGUUCAUUGAACUGACAGACACGGUCAUCUUUGUCCUGAGGAAGAAGAAUGAACAGGUCACAUUCCUGCACCUUUUCCAUCACUCUGUUCUGCCCUGGAGCUGGUGGUGGGGAGCAAAGUUUGGACCAGGGGGAAUGGGAUCAUUCCAUGCCAUGAUCAAUUCCAUGGUGCAUGUGGUCAUGUACUUCUACUAUGGGCUCUCAGCAGCAGGACCUGCCUUCCAAAAGUACCUGUGGUGGAAAAAGCACAUCACAGCCAUCCAGCUGGCACAGUUUGUGAUCGUCUCCGUCCACAUCUCCCAGUACUACUUCAUGCCCAGCUGCCAGUACCAGUUUCCCAUCUUCAUCCACCUUAUCUGGAUUUAUGGGACCAUCUUCUUCAUCCUCUUCUCCAACUUCUGGUACCAGUCCUACACCAAAGGCAAACGAUUGCCCAGGGUGGCUCAGCAAGCAGCCCAGCACAAUGGUAGCAGCAUCCAUGAGAAUGGCACUGUCACCAACGGCAAGGUCAAAGCCAACUAGAGGGCAGCCUGGCCCUCCCAGAGCCAAUGAGAGCCCCGGGGCAGAGGCAGCUGGGACCUGUUCCCCUGCUCCUGGGUGCUACUAGCCAAGUCAAGUGCCUACAGACUGUUGUACCCUUGUGCCCAGCCCUGCUGUCCUCUGUCUGCAUGCCCAGCCCCUCUGCUCUGAGCAGCUGUGGGCAACUUCUGCUCUUGGGAGGGCUUGUGCUGUUUCUCACUGUUGUUGAACAGAGAGACAGCUGCCUGCAUCACAACUUGGGGCUGCAGUCCCAUUCCAGUGUUUCCAAAGGAAUUCCCCCAAGUGCCUGCAUCUGGCCCUUCUGCCUGGGGGCCAUUUCCUUCUGAGUAGGACCAAAAGAAGAGACUGAUCCCUGUCCUGGUGCCCUCUCCUCUUCCCUGGCUCAUUAGAGCCUGUGUGGAUGAAGUGACUUGUCCCUGGUUGCUUGCUGCUGCCAGCUCAAGCGUGAGUGCUCCUGCUCUACCAUGCCUUGUGCCACUUUGUUCCACGCCACAAUGCUGUGUGUCCCUUGUGGUCCCUGUAUACCCAGGUGGUGGUGAGGGGGUCCUGCCCUGGUGUCUGUGCUCAGGUGUGGCUGUGGAGGAUGUAGGGGCAGCAAAUAUGGGGUACUUAAAGGCCCAAAGCUGCCCAGUACAAUACACAUGCCUUAUGCCUAGUACGAAGUGGGGUUGUGACAGCCUGAAAUGCCUCUACCAUAUAAUAAGCCCAGGUUGCCUUGCAUUUCUUUCCUGUGCCUGGGUGGAGUGCUGAGCAUGUGCUUUUAGCCAUGCUUAUAUGUGAUCCAGAAUAGCAGCUGGUGGCUUGUUCUGGAGUAAGGGAGGCCAAGCUCACUGUGCUUUGGGUGACUUACAUUCCUGCAAACUCAAGACUUGAGCAAUAAUUGCCUCUAGAGUUGUCUGCUGGGCUCUCCUGUCUGGAACUGGCUCUGCUCUGGCCUGAUGUGAGCACAGUGGAGAAUGGUUGUAGCAUACUCUGCUAUGGUGUAAUGAGAAACACCUCUUGCCUUCACAGAUUCUGCUAGGCUUGAGUGAAGAUGUGCUCUGCCAUUCAGCAGGGCAGUGCAGUGGCUCUCCUGGGCCUGGUGCUUGUUGCCUGCUCUGACUAACCAAAGCUAUGUUAGUAGCCUUAAGGAUGAGGUGAAGGAGCCAGGCCCAGUCAGAUUGGGCUGCUCUUCUAUCACAAAUAAACAGACAGAAGGAGAAAUGGCUCUGCCCCCUUUGUUUUCCUGGCUUGCUGUGCUGUGAAGCUGUUCCAGCUGCUUGGUCCUGCCCAGUGGUUUUGGAGGCAGGGCUGGGAGAAGCAGCUGGUGUAGCAGGUUUGUGCUGGUGGGGAGAGGGCUGUACUGUGCUGAUGAAGCAGAUGGCAGAUUGUUUCCAAGUGCUUUGGUAGAGGGGUGCUCAGGGCAGGAAGUGUAUCAAGGCUCCUGUUGUGAAAGUGGCUCCACCCUGUUAAAGAAUGGCUGGGGUGGAACAGAGGUGUGGGCUGGGACCUGGGCCAGCAGAAGCUGCUGCUGCUUUUCAGAAAUCCUGUCCUGGCUCUAGUGCAGAAUUGUGGUGGAGUGGGGAUUAGAGACUCUGGCAACCCAGGUUAUGGGGAAAACAGCAGGGAGGCCAGCCAGAUGCUUUCUGAAGAGGAGGGAAAGGAAUCUAUUUAAAGCUGUUGCCAUCUUUGAGUGAUGCUGAAGUGCUGGUCUCUGCAGAAAGCAUUUCAGGCUGGACAGGAUAGUUUCCACUGCUGCUUUCUUGCUCCUGCUAUAGCAGUGCAUCUUCCUCAGCUGGGUUCUGUUCCCCUUUACCAGCUGAAACAGUUUGGCUUUUAUGCAGAGUGGUCAGUGCUGCCUUCCCCGAGUGCUGACUCAACCCUGAGCAUUGGGCUGGGUAGCCAGCCAGCUUAUGUGGCAAGGAGGAAUGCAUGAACCCAGAAGACCUGCAGGUGAGUUUCACUGUAGAUUCGAUUGUGGUGUGGGAGGGCUUUAGUGGAAGUGUAGCCAAAGCCCUGCAGCUGGGUUUGGUGUGGGUGAGAGCUCAGUUGCUUCUGCCUUGCCUCACUGCACAUCUCUUAGGAGGGAGGACAGGCUGCUGCCCUGUAGACAUUCUUCCCCUGGUGCUGUUCUGGGGGUAGGGACUGAGAGGAGAGUUCUGGUCCUUGCUAAAGUGGUGGCAUAUCAGCUCAGUGCUCAGAACUCACAGUUGGAACAGGAGGUAGUCCAGCUGAGACAGAGUGCUGCCAUUGUUUAGCUUCCUUUCCCCUCCCUGUUUCUAGCUGGCUCUUAGUGAAGACAGGACUGUCCUUGCUUUUGCCUGAAAUAGUAACAGGAGUUUAAACUACUUACACUUGAUAUUCUGAAAGAGGGCUGCUCCUUCUGUGUGCUCUGUAUGCCCUUCCUCCAAUUGUUCCUAUUAGCUUGUGAUCUUUCCAUGGGUGGGCUGUGGAGCUUAGUCAUUUAUUCCCUGUUGGGGGCAGACAGUUCCAAACUGUGUUUACACCCUAUAUAGCAGUUGCUGGGCUUGCAUGUGAACCUAGUCCCCUCCUUCCCUCUAGGGCAGCUGGGCCAGUAUGGGGCCAAGGGAAGAACACUGUAAUCCCAUCUCCUUCCAGUAAUGCUCAGGGGAAUUUCAAGAGCCAUGUAGAAGCAGUUUCUGGAGGUAUGUGCGAAGGACGCAGGCAAGCUAAGCCCUGAGUAAGAUAAACCACUAUUACAUUGGGAUAGGUGGAAAAACUGCUUUCAGACAUGCAAAGCCUUCUUUCCAGAGCCAGGAAUAGAUGACAAGUGAGACUUAGUAGUGGAAACCACAGAGCAGCAAACUUGCCUUAACUUCCAUCACUGGGGCAAGGCUCUUAAAGCAGCAGCCCAGGCCUGGGAAGGGAACUAAUCUUGUGAGUUCUUCCUUGUAGGAUCCACUUGCUGCCCUGAGCUUUGCAUGUGAGGGGAAAUUGACCUCAUCUGCCCCUAGCCUUCCUUUGCUCUUCCAGGUGACAGGUGUUGGGCACAGGGGUCACUCCUGUGCUCAAGCUCUGCCUGUCUACCUCCUCUUCCUCCUUCUGCAGCUGCUGCGAUGCCAUACUCCCCUUUACCAGCAUUGUGUGUAGCCCUUCUUUGCUGCCCAUGGUACAGCACACAAUGCUAUCACCUGCCCCCCCUUGAAGGCUUCUGUCUGCUUAAAUUGCACUUAAAUGGCAGAAGUGGAUGGAACCUGGUGCAGCAUGGCACUGUAUGAAAAGGAAGGGGAAAGCAGGCUAUGAGUUGCAUAGGCUUUGCUAUAAGCUGCUUUGUGUACACUAAGAUGCUAUUCACAGCUCUCCAGGCUUCCCGAGAUAGCCCAUGCUGGGUGGGUGCACAGUACCCUGGUGCAGCCCUACAGCCUCA